AAGAAGAAGAAGAAUUAAGCGGAGGAAGAAGCGCACGAAGAAGAAGCAGCAGCAGCCCGUUGCGUUUUUCACUCGACGCUCCUCCAUCUGCAAAAGUCUCCGCUUUUCCGUUCAUUAAAAUGAUAAUUACGAAUUAUUCAUCUUGACCAUUUGCAUUUUUACCUGAAACGUUAGGUGUUUUAUCCGGGGAGCAAAAAUAACGGAAUUGUACCUUCCUUUAUUAUAUUUUUUCUUCGCUCGACCUCGUAGUUUUUUGGAGGGGAUUUGACAUCAGCGAGCGGCACCACCAUCAUCAUCAUCAUCUUCAUCAUCAUCAUCAGAGGAGCUUCAUUCAUCUGUCUGCUUCCUGCUCAGACCUCACUUGGAUGCAUCGCACAAAUUAUUACUCCAGCACUACUGAUUAAUCGAUGCUUUGAUUGAUUGAUUGAUCGAUUGAUUGAUCGAUCGAUUGACUAAAGCAGAUGCAGCGGGAAGGGCUCGUGCACACCGGCGUGGUUGACAUGGCAACGACUUCUUCAGCGGCCCGGAUUAUUUAGCUGUAUCAAAUCUAAUCUAGAAUAAUCAUCGUAAUCUCCAUGUGACUUUGCAUCAGUGUGUGGUUUAGCCCAGCUCCUCUCAGCUGGCUCAUUUUCUCCUUUCAUCGUCCGGCAUUUGCACCCACUUUUGCUUGUAGCAGAAUGGCCCCGCUGGUUGAAGAGCUGCGCAGACUGGGCUGGAUUCUCAUCAAAGCUCUGCUGCGCUUCACCUUCAUGUUCAUCAAUAACUGCGUGGCGAUUCCAUCCUACUGCUUGUACCUGAUCGUCUUGCAGCCGCUGAGGAUGGUACACAGCUCUGCUUUCUGGCACAUCGAGGGCGUCAUGUUCCGGUGGCUACUGGCCAUGGUGGCGUCGUGGGGCUGGUGUGCAGGAUACACAGUGACGGAGUGGGGCGACGACGUGAGGCCGAUAUCUGAAGACGAAGCGAUGGUCAUCGUCAACCAUCAGGCCACCGGGGACGUCUGCACUCUAAUGAUGUGCUUGCAGGAUAAAGGAACGGUGGUGCGGAAGAUGAUGUGGUUAAUGGACCAUGUAUUUAAAUACACCAACUUUGGCCUGGUGUCUCUGAUCCAUGGAGAUUUCUUCAUCAGACAGGGCAAAGCGCAUCGGGAUAAGCAGCUCAUUUACCUGAAGAGUCACCUGGACAAGUAUUACUACAGCCGAGACAGGAAGUGGAUUGUUCUGUUUCCUGAGGGUGGCUUCCUGAGAAAAAGGCGAGAGACGAGUCAGUCAUUUGCCAAGAAGAAUGAUUUACCCCAUUUAACACAUGUGACGCUGCCACGUCUCGGGGCCACUCAGGUAAUCCUGAAGACACUUGGACCACAGCAGGAGAAUGGCAUGCUGGGAAACGACACCAGCUCGUCAGCACAGAAAGAUAGUAAAUCCAGAGGCCUACAGUGGGUAGUGGAUGUGACAGUAGCAUACCCCGAAGCCAAACCCAUGGAUAUCCAGACGUGGAUUUUUGGCUACAGAAGUCCCACUGUCACACACGUGCACUACAGGAUCUACCCGGUAAAAGAGGUGCCGGUGGAGACGGAGGCUCUCACAGAUUGGCUCUAUCAGAGGUUUGUGGAGAAAGAAGAACUUCUCGCACACUUCUAUCAGACAGGAGUGUUCCCUCCAUCGAAAGGUCAGAAGGAGGCCGUUUCCCGGGCGAUGACACUGGACCUAGCGUGGCUGUGUGCUGUCCAGUCGUUUGCCUUUAUCUCGGGCUACAUGUGGUACAGCAUACUUCAAUACGUCUACUGCUGGCUCUGCUCACUGCUGUGGUGAAGAGAAAGAUAGAGAGAGGGAGAAAGGGAUGGAAAGAGGGACGAUGAUAGAGGAAGGAGGAACAGCCAUCAAUGACGAUCUUGGAUCUGUUGGAAUGCCACAGACGCUGUCUUAACUCACUGGAUGGCAAGAUGAUCAUGGAGGAAAAUUGUAUUUGAUCCUAAAUCCCAAACCUGCAUCCCAUCUGGGCACACAUGCGCGCACACACACACAUACACACACACACACACACACACUCAGACACACACAUGCAGUUCUGCAAUACGAACAUCCAUUCAAUGAAAUAGGUGAACAGUGACAUCAUGUUUACACAUAUACAUGUCCAUAUAAAUAUAUAUAUAUAAUUCUAUAUCUCAAUGUUUACUCAUGCACAUGCUGACACAUCAUGUUUUAAUUUUAAUUCCAAUCAUAAAUUAGGCUCAGGAAUAAGCCAAUUUCAUUCACCUGCCAUCAGUAACAUUGUCUUGCUUACAUCUAUGUCGUGAGGAGAACGUCCUGCAAACGUACUGAAACGGAUUGUGCUCUGGACUUCUUGUCGUCAUUUCUGUCCUCCUCUCUCCUGCUUUUCCUUCAUUGUCCUGUGUGCUCUGUUUUUGUCUCUGUGUCUAGACAGUAUUGCAGUUUGCUCUCGUUUACACUGGACACUUAGACAUCGCCGGAUGAUCUCCAAUUCACCUUCUGUCUCAGUAGGGGACCUUGUUUUUCCGCUCCGCAUCUCACACAUUUCAUAACACUGAACUGCUUUCUAGUAGAGAUAAAACCCCUCUUUGUCGCCCUAGUUGAAAUCAUGUUGGUGUUUUACAGAUAUAAUUAAGCCAUAUGCUUCGUAUGUGAGGACCGAUACCGGGAAGGACUCAAUGUUGACUGAAUGAAGUGUGAAAUUAGGGCCCAGGUGUCAUUACUGUAAAAUUAGAACAGCGUAACCUGCCGAAGUGUGCCGGUCAACGUUUUUUUGUUUGUUUUUUUUUUUUUGUUUUGUUUUUUUUUUGUUUUGUUUUUUUUUAGAUUAACGUCUGUUUGCUGUAUGUUCUCUCAGCGCUCACUCUGCGAAUCACUGUUUAUUUUAAUUUUUUUUUUUAUUAUUAUUAUUAUUAUUAUUAUUAACAUGAACAUUUGGUAUUAUAAACGCUGAGAUAGAAUCCAUGUCGUGACUGCGGCAUUUCAGUUGUUUUUAGUUUCAAAAUAUCCUGAAUGUUAAGAUAAAAGGAUAAAAAAUAUAAUGAUACCCCUCUGUGCUGGUGUUUCUAGAAAUUUCUCUUUCUGCGGUUUAAAGAAACAUAAAUGGUGGUGCGUGAGCCUGAUUAGUUUGACCAACUGCAGUUUACUGUUUAGUUAUUUCACAUCAAAGAGUAGAGAUUAUUAUUAUUAUUAUUAUUAUUAUUAUUAUUAUUAUUGCUGCCUGUUAGGACAGAGCUGUCUGUCUGGCUCAUAAUAACCUGCUUUCCAUGUUCUGUGAGGAAAUCUGACUCUGUCUUUCAAUACUGACUCAUAGUUCAUCCAAAAAUGAAAUGUAAACAAUGUUCUCUUUUACGCCAAAUUUAGUCAAUUAGCCAAGACUAGCCUGGCGUCUGAAGUUUGCUUGUUUAGUUUAAGUCAAGUCAGGAUGAUGUAUCAUUUGUACAGUAUGUUGAGACUUAUGUAUGCUUAAGGCUCAGAAAAAUUUUUAUGUGUAGCAGAAAACACACAGAAGAGCUUAAAUAGAAAAAAAUAAAGCUUAAAACAGAAUAAAAUAAGUACGAUGGGACUACAAUAAACAAAAUACAAUAUGCAUAAGUGGGGAAUGAGAGAGAAAAAAAUGGCAAAGUAUUUAGUUUAGCACUAAAACUGUUUUUGUGUGAGAGAGAGAGACAGAGAGAGAACCUGGGAAAACCCUUCACUUGGUGAAAUUAUGUACUAUAUAUAGUUCUGACAACAGGCUUUUUGCAGUGUGUGUGAAUCGCAGACAAUUUAACAGCCGGUAUCUGAUUCCAAACCUGAUUACUCUUAUGUCUGUUUCACUACAGCAUGUAGUUAUCCAACAACUUGAUCAAGCCCUGGCCGUCACAGUGUGAGGAAAUCACUCUUAGCUAGCAAGUGUUUUGACAUCUUUAGGCAGACUGACUGCAUUUACCACUGUGUUUGUUACAUAGGCUUAUUACCAACCAAAAAUGCGAGAUCAGAACAUAAAUAAAAACAUUCCUCUGCCGUUUUGGUUAAAUAUAUUUAUUGUUUCUUAAAGUUGAUGUGUCAAAUAGGCUUGUGCCAUAUAAUGAUUUAAUCGUCCCUAAUAGAUUUUACAUUCCCUCAAUAUCCAGCGACGUUUACUCAGAUUAUAUUACCAGACCUGCCAAGCUUUACGUGUUUUGCGUAGUAGCUCCGAUUUAACAUCGGUGUAUGCUAUUAUGAGUGCUUGCUCAAGAAAUACGCCAAAGAACAUACUCAUGUUUGUUUUUCAUACUCAUGGAAUAAAACAGAAUCUAUUAACUAUAUCUAUAUGCCACUGAAAAUCUCAGCUUAAAACGGUCAAAAACUGUUCUUUUGGGUUUCGGCCAAAAGAUUAAAAAAAGCCAAAAAUUUUGAUCUAGAAAAGAUUGUUAGCGGAAUCACCUAAAAAAAAAAAAAAUCCACCGUCCAGCUGAGUUUUCACGAUUGCCACUGCCAGCAAGCAGUUCCACAGCUGCACAGCUGGUAGUAAUAUUACUUCCUCCCCUAUUCUCCUUAAGCCUGAAAUGGUGGAAAUGCUUGUUUCUGUUGGUUGUGGACAGUUAAAUCGUUUAUCACGAUUUUUUAAAGGGUAAAUCGCGAAUAAGGAAAAAUAAAUAUUGCACAAGCCUAGUGCCAAAAUACAUUAUAGGCAGAAAAACUCGAUUUUUUUUGUCUUUUUCAGCCACAGCAUCAUUCGAUGGGUUUUCCCAGACCACCACACAAAUAUGAUGCACCAUUAUCUAUGAACAGACAAAUGGACAUUGCAGAACAAGCAGUCUCACAAUCAGGGUGUGACCUCAGAAACAAGCUCAAUUUAUAAAACAAUAUGGUCUGCUUGGAGACAACAAAGAGAGAGAAAGGGAAGCUGAAGUUGGCAGAUAGACUCCCAAACUCAUCCUAAUGUUACACAGUACAAACAUCCUUCACAGGAAGUAUUUAUCACAGAGCAGUACUGAAAUGUUGCAUCAAACAUGCACCAAAUAUGUCCCAAGCCAACUGACGAUUGGUGAGUAGUGUGAAGAGUAGGGCUUAAAGAGAGGAAGUCGUGCACCCAUAGAUAGCAUUCAUGGUGAGUUUCUGAGGACAGAAAGUUGAAAUAGGGAAGAAGACAAUAGCAGGGAGGAGGAAAAGACACAGCUGGUGUGCGUCUUUACUCAUUAAUGGCCUACAUCCUCCAAGCUUCUCACUUCUUCUGGACUCGUGCUGCCUUUGUGUGCUGUCAGAAUUCUGUUUUUCUUCUUUGGAAUUUUCUAUUCUUCCUCAGCACAUCAGUUCGAGGAUUGGGGAAUUGUUUGUUAAAAGUAAUUCAUCUCCAAUUAGUCAAAUAUUGAACUUAUGCUGUUAUGUAAUGUUAUGUUUAUGUAUGAUGAUAAACUGGAAACUACAAGCUUGCAUUCUUGUCAGCUACAUUAGCUACAUUAGCCUUCUAGGUCCAGAGCAAAACUAAAGAAGCAAACUUCAGACACCAGACAUUUCUUGGCUCAUUGACUACUUUUUGCACAAGGGGAUCAUUGUAUACAUUUCAUUUUUAGAGGAACUGUUCCUUUAAUGCCCUGUUGUUGACUUUUGCACAGUCUUUUUCCUUUGACUCAUGUUGUCUUGCCAAAUUGCAUCAGUUGUUAUGUACAUGGAGAUGGAGGCGUUGGGUCAUUUUUAAAUAUGAAGGUUUUUUUUUUUUUUUUUUUUUUUGCUUCUGUUUUUAUAUAUACAGCUUCAUCUGCCAUUUUCACUGUUUUGAAAAUGCAACUUUCUUAGACUGCAGGAAUGCCUUCUAAUGAAGUUCUGCUCCUCAGGAUUCAACCAAGUGAAACUGACAAGGAUGUUUGGACAAGGGUGCAUAAAAACAGUAUUGGAACAGGGCCUGUGACUAGAUAUAGAGUAGCUGGAUCAGCCAGGGGUUAAAUUUGACCUAUGGGCUAUUAGCAUUUAGUAAUAAUGAGAAGAACGAAGCUUCUGUGUUGUCUAAAUGAAAUUUGUCCAUCGUCUAGCAAUAAGGUGCAACAGUAGGAAGCAAUUGAGCUGUACAAACCACUAGACUAAUUAACAGACCAGAGCUUGCCUAAAUGUGCCACUUGUGGGAGUGUCUUUGUGUUUUUGCCCAGCUUGCUGAAGUCUGAAAUGUGUAUGAUGCAGCUUCACAGAAGAAAGAUGCGGAAUACAUUCAUGGCUGUUCAGACUGAUGAACAUGCGAGGACUUCCAUCCAACAGAAAAGGAAAGGGAACUCAACCCUCAUCAUGUCAUCCCUGUCUUUUAGUUUUACCUUUUUUGUUUGUUUGUUUGUUUUUAGGAAUUUUAACAAAUUAUGCUAGACUGGUCUUUAGUUUUCAUUUUGUACUCCUGUUGCCCUUCUCUUUCCAGCUGCCCAGCCAUUUUACAACACGGUUUAAUUGUGCUGGAAUAAAAACGAUAAAUAUCAAUGAACCACCAAGUGUCUGAGUGUGAAGCUGUUGCUGUGUUUAACUGGUUUACUGUAUUAGUUUCUGCACCUAAGAUUUCAGUGUGAUUUAAUAGGACGGUUGUCAACAUUAUUAAAAAAAAACACACACACGUUACUAAAAACAUACAAAAACACUUCAUGAGGUAUUCAUGGAUGUUUCGAUUAUGAUUUUUUAAAUAAAAGUCUGGAUAUACAAUA